AUGACAUUGUCUCUUAUCUUUCAAUGUUCAAAUGUCUGCACUAAUUGUAGUGAAAAUAUGACAAAUGCUCUAAUUAAAUUUGCUAAAGCAUCAAGUGUUACUUCUAUUCUUAAUCAUCGUAAUCAUACUAUCAAUGGUGUACAUGUUGUCAUGCGAAGUUAUCAUCAAGAUACAAGUAAUUCUGGUCCAACGCAAGCACCACCAAGCUUAAUGUCAUUAGCACAACAAAAUCCAAUUACAUCUAAUCAUAAUAAUAAUAAUGACCCACAGCAAACGAAAUAUGAUCAAAUAAUGCAAGAAAAUCAUGCACUUAAAUGUGAAAUAACUAAUCUUCAAAAAUCAUUACUUGAAGCACAAACAUAUUCUAAAACUGCCUAUGAUACAUUUCAAGUUUUACGAGAAAAAUUCGAAGCAGAACAAGCUCUUACAAAUAAACUGAAAUCGGAGUAUACAGCUAUGGUUGAAUCUUAUGAAGCCCGACUAAAACAUUUACCAUCAUCAUCAUCGAUAUCAUCUUCUAUAAAAACAAUAGUAAAAGAGGAACCAAUUGAUAGUAAUUCUCAAGUAAAACAUUCAACAAAUAACUCGCUUGAAAUGCGAAUAAUAAAAGAACAUUUAGAACAAGCACAAAUUGAUUUAGGUAAAUGUCAAACUGAAAAUGCUUUACUUAAUGCUAAGUUAAUGGCACGUGAACAACAAUUUGAUACACGUUUUAAAGCACUAAAUAAUCAAUAUAUGCGUAUGAAAAAACAAUAUGAGCACCUCUCAUCAUGUAUUAAAGAUUUUCAUGCAAAAUUAUAUCCCAAAAAACGAUUAAAACCUGAAGUAAAAGACGAUAAUAUGAAUAAAUCUGAUCGAGGAAGUAAUAGUAAAAGUAAUGAUUCAAAUGACGAUAUAGUGGAAAUAAUUAUGCAAGAAGACCCAAUAGUAUCAUAG